CGCGAACCGCCGCGCCGCACGUGUGUAGCGCCUUUAUGUUUUUUAUGUUAAUGUGAAAGGAGCUUAAGUGCUUACUUGGAUUUCCAUACACGCGGUUUCAUAGUCUUUGACGAUAUCGCCGAGCUAGGGCAGUCUCGACGCGCGCGUCCCCGUCGCCGCUUCAGUGCGGAGGCUCUGAAACGGUCACUGAAAUAAGAAUAUAACGUGGGUUGUAGUGUUGUGUUAUGUGCCAAAAUGGUAACGCAGACGACAGAUUAGAUUAGAUAACCGAAGAUGUACUCAGUGAAAUCGGCGAGACCGUCUCUGUGGGAACACGGACGGAAUUCAUAAAUGUCUUUAAUAAAUUACUUGAAAUGGAAAUUCUUUAGGAAAUGAAAUCGAGUAGAUCUUAAAGUAAAUAUGGUCUUGCGCUAUUUCUGAAGAACACUGAAGAGCAUAAAGUUGUUUGUGACGCAAAUGAAAGUUGAAAUGAAGUGAUGAUUAAUAUUGAUAUAACUAAGUGAUAUUACAACUAUUUGUUUAAUAAUGACGCAAUUAAAAAUCAAUGUAAAAAAGAGAAAUCAAUGUCAAUGAAAUAAUGUUUUAACUAAACUAUUAGUGAUAUAAAAUACAAAUCUAACAAGUGAACCAAUUAAAACUUUUCAAUGAAUCAGUGAUACGGAAAAUUAAUUAAGAGUGACUCCAGUAGUGGAUUCAAAGCUAAUUAGUAAAGAGAAUUAAAAAAAAACUGAAGUGAGGGAGUGAUACAAAAAAAAUAAUGCAAGAGUUAUAACAGUAGAAAUAAGUAGUGUGUUGGCUAAAGUUAGUGCAAAGUAUGUCAAUUAAGUGAAGUGAAAUAACCAUGGGUUGCCAGUUAGGGAAGUUGGCCGCCUCGGAGCGUAGGACCAAUAACCAGGCCAACCUUGGCGAUGGCCCGCCCCCGGCGAUGGAUCCGAGGCUGCCCUUGACAGCCAAGCAGAAGUACUCGAUGCUCGCCUCGUGGAAGGGCAUCUCAAGGGCGAUGGAGAAAACCGGCAUCUGCAUGUUUAUAAAAUUGUUCGAGGAGAACCAAGAUCUGCUGAACAUGUUCGAGAAGUUCCGCCAGUACCGGACGAAGGAGGAGCAGAUCAACUCGAUGGAACUGGCUGAACAUGCUAACAAUGUAAUGAACACGCUGGAUGAAGGCAUCAAAGGAUUGGAUGAUUUAGACAAUUUCUUCGAAUACAUACACCAAGUUGGUGCUAGUCAUAGAAGGAUACCGGGUUUCAAAGUAGAAUAUUUUUGGAAAAUAGAGACGCCAUUCCUCGCCGCGGUGGAAGCGACGCUGGGCGACCGGUACACGCCCAACGUGGAGAACAUCUACAAGAUUACCAUAAAAUUCAUCUUACAGACUCUCGUGGACGGGUACGAGAAGUCUGCGAAAGCCCCAAACUCCACGUGAACGAGAUGAAACUUUAUUAUAUUUACGAGUAAAUUCGAUACGCGAUUUGAAUGUUAGGGCUUAAUCGCACGGGAGGGAAAAAAGUUGUCCAAUUCGAAAUGGUGUCAAAUAUUGCCCUGGGCGAAUAUCAACAUGUUAAUAUUAAAGUUUGUAGAAUACGAUGCAAUUCCAAUAUUCUGUAUAAACCCAAUUUUGAUUGUUGAUUGAUAUGUAACAACUGUUUUUAAUUCAAGUUUAAAGACUUUUUUGCAUUCUAAUUCUAUUAAACCAACAAUACAGAUUUAAUGUAUUGUAUACUUUAUUUUAAUUAGUUAUAGCACGGUAAAGAUAUUACAACCAGUAGUUGGACUUCAUACUAGAGGUCGAAACGCGAGCUAUACCUACGCACCUCGAACAUGGGGUGAUCGUAGGGUGAAGACAGUCGCGACUGUGCCGCGGUGACGAACGAACGCACGGUGUAUUAACAGAGUAAAGUGUAUUAAUAGUAUUAGAUUUUUUUAAUUAUGACCAGUAUGGAAACUCUGAAAGGUAAGACUUUAAAAUAAAUUUACUUAUUAGUAGGUAGGUACAUAAUCUUGUAUUUUUUAAUGGAUAAGGUAUUUCCUUUUAUCUCCAGAAUAAAGGUAGGUAUCUGGAUUAGUAAAUAAAGUAAAUAGAGUAAAGGAAAGUGAUUGACACGAUUGAAAUAGGUAGUUAUACGCGGUUCAUGAAUCACGAUACAAUAGGUACGAUAAGCUUGUGUUAAAACCUCGACUGCUUGUACAAUGUUUUGUGUGACUGUGCUCGGAGCAUUUGUGUUUUGUUACCCGACUGCGGCGAAGCCCAAAGGAGGAGUAUGUGUUUGAAUGUUAUGACUUGUUGUUGUAUGCGGGCGACGGGAAGAAAGGACUGCGCGGGUGUGAAGUCGUACGCGCUGGGCAUGGUUACCCCCCUCCCGGACCGCACCGACCUUCGGGAGUGUUACGAACAAAUUUGCCAAGCACACAUACUGAUAAAUGACAUGUCAUUAGACUCAUCCAGAUAGGCCGAGAGUCACUGGGUAACUUAGUUCUUAAAAAAUCAAAAUGGCGGAUUUUAUGCGCUUUAAUGUGCAAGCUCAUAAAACUUUUGCUCAGCUUGGCAUUGGUGACAAGAAUUUUAACCGACUUCCAAAAAGAAUCGUAUCGUAUUUACAGCGAUAUUUCCGUCAUUUGUAAACCGUUUCUUUUUUGUUUGGAUGAGUAUUCUUUCAGGUUAGUCCCAUUUUUUUAAUGUCAGGAUCUGAUAAUGGCAUCCUAGAGAAAUCUAGGGGAACUAUCGUAUCGUAGGGACAAUUAGUGCGUUUGUUCAUUGUUUCAUUAGCUAUUUUAAAUCACUACAAUUUCAUGAAGGUAUAAGGAGUCGGUCUGAUGAUGGUGCCGAAACAUGAACUCGUCAACGAUUUAGAGCAGUUAUUUUUUGUUGGGCUUGUUUAAUUUGUAUUGAUGAGAACUUUCCACCUAUAGGGGUUGUGACUGCAUAAGGGGUCUAGUGAUGACGACGACUUUUUUAUUUGUUCACGUAGUGUGGAGGUAAUACCUAGAUGGCAUCACGGAAAUAAAUAUGUUUAAGAAUACGACCAAUCCUUCAAGAUCAUUGACGUAGUAUUAGCCUUAAUUAAAUCAACCAAUCAAAAAACACGCAUUUUUAUUUAUCACUUCCCAUUUUACUACAAUUUACAAAGUAUUUUAUUUGUUUAUAUAAAAAAAGUUUAUUUACAAUCACAAAACUAAGUGGAAACACAAAGUUAGCAAAUGUAAUUAAAAUGCUGCAGGCGGGCAGCCCUAUGACAUGUUUACGUACCGCGCGGCUGUAGGUAUUUAUUUCAAAAAUACGGUCGAGUUACUAUACUGGUUGUAAUAUCUUUACUGUGGUUAUAGAUAAUGGCUAUUUAAUCUAAUUUUGGAAUCACAAACUUUUAACGAUAUUCUGUAACAAUGAUUUUAAAUUGAAAUGAAAUGCACUGGAUAACUGUUACUUAGUUCAAUUAGUAUUUUGUAUUGAGAGAGCCCGUUCGGUGAAGUACUAAUGUUAUAACCUAAUACUGCUGCUUAGCAGCAUUGCUGUGUUCUGUAGAUUUUGGUAGAGGAUAAAAUGAUGCCAUUGGUAUACCUGUUCUAUUGUUUUGUUAUACAUAAUGGUUUCCUACGAGGUGGAUUUACAAGUGUGCCGCCAGAACGUUGUUUAACUUUUACCGCCCCUACUAUUUCUUGAUACUAGAUACCCUAUUACGCAAGAAUAUUAAAUAAUUACAUUUAAUUCUUUUUGUGUAAGUAAUAUUUUGGUACUACACGUACGUUCAGUAGGACUAAAAUAUUAAAAUUAUCCUUAAAUUUUCAAGACUUGUUUUUUCAAUAUUUAUGCAACAUUUUUCAUUAUUUCUGUAAGAUAUUUUUGAGUCAAAUGUGCUGUUCCCUAAAAAAUGCGGCCCUAGGCUCCAGCCUACUUAAUCUGCUGGUAAAUCCGCCACUGGUUUCCUAUUAAACUCCAGGUGCUCCAUCUGUUUAAUCUGUCGACGUCUGCAUAGUAAUACUAUAAAAAAAACAAAUCAGGUGCAGUAGUGCUACAUGCGACCAACGUAUCUCGUGAAGAUAAAUAGACAAAUUUCAACCAAUAGCGGCGGAACCGGAUAUACCGCUAUCUAUUUCUCUAUGGGAAUAGGACCACUUCGCCGCCAUUAGUCGACAUUUUGUCUAUUUCUCUUGACUUGGUUAGUAGUAGUUAUCAGUGUAUUUCCCUCUCGUGCGUAAGAACCCUUAGAACACUAGUCUGUUACGUAUGUUAUAUUGAAUCACAUAAGUAUGGUGAAUCAUAUUUUCCAAUGUUUUGAUCGCAUCGAAACCUUUGACGCUAUGUACCUUAUGUAUUAUAUUUAGUUUGGUGUUGAUCUGUAAGUACAUAAGUAUAAGAAAAUGUGGCACACUUGCAUGAGUUAGGGCCGGUGCAUAUCUGGAGAGCCGUAUUUGUUCCUAUCAAACUAUCCAUACAAAAUAAAUUAAUUAAAAAAAACUCUAUGUGUGUGUCUACCAAUCAGUGGUGAGCGUGGUGGACUAUUUGCCUAACCCCUCUUAUUUUGAGAGGAGCCUCGUGCUCAGUAUGGGUUGUUAGUGGUGAUGAUGAUGAUCCAUAUUAUUAUGCAUAUGUAAGUAAUUCUGUCCGUUUGUCUUUUAACUGCUGAACCAAUUUUGGUGAAUUUUAGUAGCAAUGAUGGAUGGAUGACGAGGAACUUGGAACAGAUUUUUUUUUGCCGCAAAACUAUUAAUAAGAUAGAGGAGAGAGAGAGCGAACAUGUCGCCUCGAAGGUAUGGGAGUAAGAAGUCGUGAUAACUAUUCAAUCCAAAUAGCACCUAACUUAUAUCUGUGUUCAGUUUGGCCCAACUGAACAGAGAGGUCAUAAGUUUGGUUCCCGCCUCCUUGGAUUUUUAUUAUACAAACUCAUAAAACAGUCUUCACAAGUAAUUUGAGGAGUAGGGAAAUAUUAAUCAUAAUAAAUUAUUUAAAAAGAUAUGGUAAGAAUUUUUUUUUUUGAAAUAUUUCAACACCAGUUCAUAAAUAGUUUGAUAGUAACAUUAGUAUAUUAAAUAAAUAUGUUGCGCCUCACCAGAUAUUAGGCCUUAUUGUGUUGAAUGAGAUAUUCGUUUAGUAGACACUUAGAUCCCGUGAAGAGAUUACUUUAAUUUUCAAAUCUUUUUUAUUUUCACACAAUUAAAAUAAAAGUCAAUUAGUUAUAUCUACUAUAGCUACCGUUCUAAAUUAACCGUAAAGAGUGUAAAUAUAUACAUGUAAAAUUGAUUUAUUUAAAUAUUUAUCUUAAGUUCAAAUUAAUGAGUGACACAAAAGUUGUUUAGAGAUAUCGAAAAUUAAUUUAAAUAAUGUUUUAAAGGGUUUUAUUUUAAACCUAAAAUAUAACACAAUCUAAACGCAAAGCUACACAAGAAGAAUUUCUCGAAGAUAAGAAUUCGUAUGUGCUAAUCCUUCAUUACGAAAAAAUCUCGCCAUGACAAUUGCAAUUGUAAUUAUUUAUAUACAUUGAACUGUUAUGUAUUUAGGAAGGCUUUAGAGAGGCAAUACUCCUACCAGUUGUCGUCACAGUCUAGUGACAACAAAUGCAAUUAUUGCUUAGCAAAAAGCUCUCGUGAAACUUUUCUUGUGUACGUACGUAAAGUAUUUGGGACGCGCGCUAAAUAGAUGCAAUGUACAAAUAUGGACUUCGUGUGGUAUGUAGCUGAAUACUAACAAUUUAUAAUAUGUUCAAUAUACUAUAGCUUGAUCAAUAAAAUCAAUACUUAGUCGCUAAUACACCCAAAUAAUUGGUAACCUAUGUUUUAGUAACCCAUCUCAGGUCAUAUUACAUAUUUAGCAGUUGAUACCGAUCGAGUUAAACCUAUUAGUUAUUUCUAUUUAAAAUUAUAAAUUUCUAAGUGAAUCUGAUUUAGGAACCAAACCCAAAACCAGCCUCUUCUUUUGCAAAUUAUAUACGCUAGUGAAUUCAAAAAAGCAACCCAUACGAAAUAUAUUAUAUCACGUAGAUAUAAUAGCAUUAGUGAAACUGUUACUUUAUUUUAUUUAUUUGGGAUCGAAAACAGUUGUGUACAAUAAUUAUAACUUACAGCUAAAGUAAAAAAAAAAAAAUAAUGGUUUACAUACACAAGCCACAUCUCUAUCCACAAGUAAUUAUAUAAAUGUAGAUGGGGCUGACAAAAAAUAUUUAUAAAGUAAAUUGUUUAUCAAAAUUUAAGUACAAUGAAAAGAAAAUAAUGAAAGAAAGACAACAUGUUACAUACUUUUCAUACCAUUUUAUAGUCCGUGGAGGUGCGAAUGGUUUUUAUAUCGUUCAUAGAUGCGAGUAACCCAAUAACCCCCAGCUGGGGUGUUAGUAAAAGUGACUGUUUGUUUAGGACAACACAAACAACGUCGCCGCAAAGUUUGCACACAGUGUAGCCGCAGCCUAAAGUUAGUUUAGUAAAGCUCUGGGCAAAACAGCCGGCACAUUUUUUAACAAAAUGUUUUAUCUGUUCUGUGACUUAAACACAGUUAUGAGGACUUAUGAUGGAUUUAUGACUUGACUCAUUUGGGUUAUGAUUUAGCCAAGACCAUCUUUGAUUUGAAGGUAAAAUUGCCAGUUAUGGGCAUAUGCGAUGUAAAAAGAAAAUUAGUUUUUAUUUUACUAGAAAAUAUUUUAAAAUAAAUAUUACCAAUACCUACCACCAAAAUCUACUCUAUUUUUUAAAAGAGUCUCGUAACUUUCCGUAUAUAUUCAUACUAGAUGGAAUUUCACGGUUUUUGUGUAGCCAAGUGUAGUUGUGAAGUCUUUUUUUUAUUCUUUACAAGUUAGCCUUUGACUACAAUCUCACCUGAUGGUAAGUGAUGAUGCAGUCUAAGAUAUAAUCGGGCUAACUUGUUAGGAGGAGAAUGAAAUCCACACCCCUUUCGGUUUCUACACGACGUCGUACCGGAACGCUAAAUAACUUGGCGGUACGUCUUUGUCAGUAGGGUGGUCACUAGCCACGGCCAAAGCCUCCCACCAGCCUGAGCACUAAGCCUAAGUCUAGCACUGUUUAGCCUCUGACUCUGUAAAGUACCUUCCAUUUACGCUCCUACGACUUCGAUUUUAGGAUAUGCAGCAUAAUUCAUUUGACUCAAUUUUUAAAAAUAUUAAUAUAAUCUAUCUCCAUUCCAAGCUUUACUCAAAUCGGUUCAGUAGUUUCGGCGUGAAGGAUUAACAAACAUGCACACACAUACACAAACAUUUGCUUUUAUAAUUAAGGUAGUGCGAAUUGAAAUGUGAUUUAGUUUCGACAAAACGAACGUUUCACUUCCAUGCCGCAGCACUUUCAAGAAACGUUGACUCGACUUUGUUCAAUUGCAAAUGAUUACUCGAAUGAAGUAAUUUAUGCUAAUUAUACCCUAUGCUAAAGCUCUAGUGUACAAAACCUGUGGUAUUGUUAAUGGAAUCAAUAGGGCUUUAUUUUAAGCCUCUUCAUUUUAGAAGUUUAUAUGUAUUGGUUUAACGUAUAAUAUGGUCCUUAUUUGUUCUGGAUAUUUAGAUGUUGAGAAACUGAAUAUAAUUUUCUCAAAAUAUGCUCUACAUUUUGUACCUUUCAGUACUUUCCAUGAUUUUAUCUGUAUACAGUAGAUCACGCUUAAAACGAUUUCUCGCAUAAUACGUCAUUUUACGCCAGUCCCUGCAACUUGAGACAUGUUUUCAUACAUUUCCUAACGCUUAAUACGAUUCAUCAUCCCGUUCAAUAUACAUACAUGCCACACGAUGUUAUUCCAAAUGCGACAAUAGAUUAGGACAUCGUAAAUGUCCUUAAACAAGGUUGCAGGACAAGACUUAUACAUGAUAUCUUAAAGAACUUAAAUACCCUGACAGCAAACGACCCUUGCCAUGAUACGAUUCUAAACUGAGAAAUUUUAAUACGUACUGCAAAAGUAAAAUUUAAUUGGAAACUUCGUAAUUGCUAAUGCAUCAAAAUCUUUUUGAUACUCUAUAAUGAUCAUACCAGAUAUAAGUGAUUACUUUCAGUAACAUAAUUGGUAGUAUUUACACCAAAUACACUAAUUUUUAUAACUAUGUAUAUGCACAUUAGUCGUUAUAUUUUUCACUAUCCCCAUAAUAUGCUUUCCCGUCUAAGACGCGUUUUUACUUGGGUCCCUGAGAAAUCGUAUUAAACGGGUUCUACUGUAUUUUAUUGCAAUUGUAAAAAUGUUCCCAAAAACUUUAUUACCAUAUAUGAGAAAUUGUAAAUAAAAUAUAAAUUAAUAUAAAACAAUUAAAUUAUUUAUCAUAUUUAUUCGAGCGAAUGUGUUUUUAUUGUAUGUUGUAGUGGAAUAAAUAUAAUUGGUUAAAUGUAAAAAUAUAAUAGACAAGUAAAUUAUUGAAUGUUAGAAUAACACUAUACUGAAGUCUGACUGUUGUAAAAAAAACUAUAGUAAUUAUUUCCAAAACUGCCUUCUUUGUGAAGCCAUAAUUAUAGUCGUAUUUUAUCAAAUACUUACUUCUAAAGUACCCUGCUAAAAAGUGUGUGGUAUUUUAAUUUAUAUAUUAUACCAAAGAUUUUAUACUAUUAGAUAUGUCAUCAAAACUGAGACGUACAAAGGUGGCUAAUUAUCUUAAUUUCAUUUAGUCGCAUAGUAAUCAAUGAUAAUUAUUUAAACAAAUAACACCUAAAUAUUGUCUACAAUGGCGAGUUGUGUGUUCAGGAAGUGUAUAAAUUAUAUAUUCAUAAAUAUGUAAUGUAUACAAACACAAAAUUGUAUAUGUGUGCGCUCAGUGAAGUACUUAGCUAAAUUUGGAUCACUUUUUGCGGUGAUUUUGUUGGCACGUAACAUAUUAAUAGUAUAAAAUAUAACUUUGAAAUGUCUGUAAUAUGUGAAAAUUACGAAUAUAGUGUGUCCAAAAGAAAAUUUAAUGUUUUAGUAUACCACUUUAAGCACUUAACCGACUAAGGCAAAUCUUUUUCUUAAAAGCAUGUCCGCUGCAGACAAUGGAAUCAAUGAUAUUUUUACGAGUAGGUAAUUAAAAAGUUUUGCUUAAAAUAUAAGACAGACUUUAUUUAUCCUUACUUUCCUGAGUUUAGUAAAAAUGUAGGAAACCUUAAAAAACAUUCUAAUAAAUGCUGAAAAACUCCUUAUUUAUUACGAUUUAAACUCUCGUAAAUUGUAUUGUACGGGACAAAAAAUUCAAUUUGUAUAUAAAUGUAAUUUGUAUACGCUGCGUUUAAGAAGUAAACGCCGACUUAAAAUUGUAAUUUAAAAAUAUUAAUUUGAAAACAAUGUAAACUGAGUAACGUAGUCAUAUUUGAGAUCUGAGUCAAUUCGCAAACAAUGUAAAAUGCAGCACUGCAAAGUCUAUCUCAAAUUGCCAAUAAAGUCUUUGUGAACGAACUGUAAACGAAAAUAAAGCAGAAUUUGAGCAACGUACUCGUGUUGUCCGUAUUUUUCGAACGACUAUACGGAGAGGGAUUUUGUAGUCACUGUUUAUUUGAUUUAUAAUCUCUUUUGAAGUUUUCUACGAAAUUAAUAACAUUUCGGGAUUAUUUUGUAGUCAUCUCAGAAUUUUGAUUUUGCUUUCAGCGGAUAUUUAUUUUCGGAAAAUACAUAUUUAACUUUUAAAUUUAUUUCUACUAAUUCAAACUACAAAAUAAUUGAAAUUUCAAAUUCCAAAUUCCAGACAAGUAUAGUUUCAGACUUUAAUCACCUAAAAAUAUGGUAUUACACAAAUAUACUAUGAAUUAAUAAAAAUGUGUUAUUAAAAGUUAUAACUUAUAAUAUAUUAUUAUGUAUUAUCCUUGUAUAAGUCCAUAAAGUUUAAAAAUAUUAUGUAUAAUUACAUAAUUUUCAGGAAAAAAAAUUACUAUCAUUUUAAAGCAUUAGCUUCAAUCGUUAAUUCUUAUAUAUUUGGAAAAUUAAUAAAAAUUCUCGUAUCCUUCUAAAUCUUGUAUUGAAAUAUGUGAUAUUGAAUGUAAUUUUCACGAACGAGUGUUCAUGAAAAUUAUUACAUUUCAUUGCUUCACGCCAAAUUAUGUAAAAGACUAACAUAUUAUAUAGGUCACAGUAUGUUUCUUACUGUGGGUAUUUAAGUUAUUUUAACAAAAAACUUUUAUGUUAUUUUAACAUAGCGUGAUAAAAACAGCACUUUUAUUUAAUUAUUUAACAUUUACAAAAAAACUCACUUGCAGACGUAAACAACUUAACUUUGUUCUUCAGAAACUAAAGAUUUUUGUGGUAUUUAUUUGAAAAUAUUUCGUUAAAACUGUAGUCAAUAAUAAUACUUUAAAGUUGACAUACAUGUAUUUCCGCGUUUUAGCUUUACCUCUUACGAGUAUAUUAAGCAACCUUACCCUACUUUUGGACUUAUAGCGUGUAUAACUAGCCUUAGGGCUAGCAUGCCCGGACAGAUGCACAGUGUAAGUUCUAUAGACAACUUACAGCGCGUCCCUGACAUAUUUUACAACUUCAAUAGCUCGCGUACCGGAUAACCCUGACCUAAUAAUUCCGAAAGAAUGACUUACACUUUUUUUCAUAUUUUAAAUUGUCUGAAAGAAACAUGAUCAGCCUAUUAUUUAAUGUCCGAUUGUAGGACACUGGUCCCUUUUCUUCUACAGGGAUUUCGUGCUAAGACCCAGUACCCUUUUUUUGCUGUGUAUAGUUAUUUAUGUCACUGUCAUGUAAUGGGAGUCAUUGUAUCACGAGGGUUUUUCGUGCAAUGAAGCGAAACUAAAUUGCACAAUAGACAACACGAGUGCUGCAAUCGCUAAUUACAUGCAGUAGCAUGCAAUACUUCUUCUAAAGAAUAAUUGUAAAUAUAUAAUUGGUUUAGGACGGCCUCCUCGAUAUUUAUAUCGGAGUGGCCUGUUAGAUUUGUCUCUCAUAAGGAAGCCUCAAUUUUGUCAGUUUUUUGCAAGCAAGAAAAACAAAAAUCGUUUUUUAUAACUUGCCUCAAGGUGUGGAAUACCUUUCUGCUGUCUGUGUUUUCUGACACGUACAUAAGCAGCUUUAAGGCAAGAGUGAAUAGGGAUCUUCUAGACAAGCGCGCUUCAUCAUGGCUUCCCAUUAGAGAUGAUUGUUGUCAAGCGCAAGCCUAUACAAGAUUAAAAAAAGACUCGAACCCAGGAUCUCGUGAUCCGCAGUCGAACAAGUCAACCUCUAGACCAACGAGGUAUAUAAUAAAAUAUAGACAGCUGAUUUUCACGCAUAAUAUGCGCAUAUUUUAUUAUACGCCAUGUUUCAAUAUUCUUUUACGGUUAAGGAAAACCUUCUGAGAAUCUCAUUUUCGCGUGAUCGGAAUAAUCCCACAUUACUUUGAGGAUUACUUAACAAUUUGGUCUCUUUUCCCCGACAGCCGUUUUUACUUUUGCCUACUUAGGCCUCUGCGAACUACGAUAAGAAUAAACUCUGAAUUAGGUAUAUUGACGCAACAAAUCACAAUUUUGGUCUUGGUUUUUAUACCGCUCGGUAGUGUAUUGUUGGUCCUAAUUCUAAGCUUAUUUGGAAGGCAGAGAGAAGAAAAGAAAGACAUAAUGCCUUUGUUUAAUUUUGACGAUUAAACGAGUAUAAAUUUUGAGAAUAUUUUAGUUGAUUUUUAUAAAUUUAUAUAUACAGUAAUGUCAUAAUUAUAUGAUUAGAUUGUAAUCCUUAAAUUCCUUCCUUAAAUUCAAUUUUCAAUACUUUCUUGAAUUCUUGAAAUUUAAUAAAAAACAAUAUUUAAAUUGCGAUAUAUAUACCUAUGUAUUGAUAGCACAGAUUAUAAAACAUAAAACUAAUAUAGUGUCGUUGACUAUGUGUUUACGUUUAAUAUAUUUUUAAAAAAUUAUUAAUGAAUGAAGUAAGAAGUAAGUAUAUAAGUUUAUGUCUACCUUUUAUGUCUACGUAGUUUUGUCACUUGCAUUCGUCGGUUAAGUGCGGAGAAAAGCAUAACAAAUCGAAUAUUCAUUAUUCUUAAUGAAUUUCCAAAAUUAAAUUUAAAAAAUUCACGCCAACUUCAAUUAAAUAAUUAACAAAAAUAAUAUUUAACUGACAUUUCUCUCGGUUUCUUAGCUGACACCAAUGUAUAGGUUUGAUUUUACAUUCGAAUUAAGCCCCAGGUAAAAAAAUAUCAUUUUGUACAACUUUUACUAUGAAUUGUGGCUGACUAGUAUUAAAUAGAAAAGGCAUUAUCACACGUAUAUAGGGAUUAUAUAAUUAUUACUUUAUUUCGUAAUUAAUUACCUAUACAAAAAAUAAUAUGUACCCUAGAUCUACCUUUUUUCCUACUUUUUAAAACCGUUUUUAGAAAAUAUUUUUUUAUAAAAUCGUUUUUAAUCUUGUACUUAUUAAAUGAUGAGAUGUAAGUAGACAUUUAUAUCUCACAGAGUAUUUUAACAAAAAAUAAAGUGGACAAGAUUAUUGUCGUGUUUUAGAAAAAAAAAACUUUUUAUAACACAUUAAUUCUUUUUUGGGAUACACAUAAACCAAAUAGUCUUAGGUAUUGUCUAAUAUUAAUGUACUUACCUUGUACUUACUGGUGAAAUUAAAUGUAAUAAUAAAUGAUGGAUGUUUGUAAUUUGUAUUAUAAAAGUAAGAUUGGUGUAUUUAAGUGUUACUUUACUUUAAUAAAUAUUAUUUAAAGUGUCGUUCAAAA